AUGGCUCCCCUGAUCCGCACCAUCGACACCGAGUCAUCCAGACAAGCUUACUUCGCCGCUGCUACAUCAACGACCGCUCAAGAAGUUAUACACAUCUCAGGCCAACCGGGAACGAACGCCAAUGGCUCUGUUCCCAGCGACUAUGAAUCACAGAUCCAACUUGCCCUGUUAAACCUCCACAAGAUCAUGCUCGUUGCUGGAUGCAACAUACCUGAUAUCCUGUCUCUAAGGUUUUAUAUUGUGGACUAUAACCCAGAGCGUCGACUGCAUACCGCGCAUAUCCAAAAGUUCUUGGGGACGCAUCGUCCGGCUAUGACAUUGGUCCCGGUGCCUAAGCUCGCGGGCAAGGUUUGGUUGUUUGAAAUUGAGGCCGUGGUUGCGAAGAGGGCUUCUCCAACAACAACAUCGAUUCCAAAGGCUCUGAGUGCACCGACUGAGGAAGUCGACGUCGUAAUAAUUGGAGCUGGUUUGGCGGGCCUUACAGCAGCGGCGGACAUCAUCAAAGCUGGAUUGUCCUGCGUCGUCCUCGAAGCGAGAAAUCGUGUAGGCGGUCGAACCUGGACGACGACUCUCAAAGAUGGUGGCAACACCGAUCUUGGAGCUGCGUGGAUUAAUGAUACGAACCAGAGUCGGAUGAUUGAGCUGGCUCGAAGAUUUGGAUUGGAGUUGAUUGAGCAGAAUACGAGUGGGAAAUGUGUUCUUCAGACUGAAGAUGGGUCGAUAGAGCAUUUCCCUUAUGGAGAGCUGCCGCCGUUUGAGGAAAUCAUCAAGACGAACGUAGCUUUCAUCCGAGACCAAUCCGAAGCCGACUGCCAAAAUGUCGACUGCGCAUAUCCGCGUGACGUGGACCUCGACAGCAUGACCUUCGCCGCAUAUUUGCAGACGAAGGGCGCGACACCUGAUGCAUUGAGGACGGCCUCGGUAUGGACGAGAGCGAUGCUCGGCCAUGAGCCCGAAGAUAUCUCGGCUCUCUUCUUCCUCAACUACUGCAAAUCUGGUGGAGGCUUGUUACAAAUGCGUUCAGACCGCAAGGGUGGCGGGCAGCACCUCAGGAUAAGACAAGGCACAUCAGCCUUUGCUGAAGGACUGACGAAGAGCCUUCCCCCGUCGACAGUCCGCUUCUCGAGCGCUGUGUCGGCCAUUCAUCAGACCGGACCGAACGAGACCCAAGUUCACACGACCAACGGCACGGCGCUCAAAGCGCGCAAAGUGAUCUCGGCCGUACCUCCUCCAGUCCUGAAAAAGAUCGACCUCCAGCCACCAUUGCCCCUGGCGAAGCAACUCCUCGUGGAUUCGUACCGCUAUGGCUUCUACCAAAAGGUGAUGGUCGUGUUUAAAUCCGCCUUCUGGGUGAAGAAAGACUUCUGCGGCCUCAUCCAGUCGUUCAAAGGCCCGGCUGCUGUCAUUCGUGACACGAGUAGUCCCGCUGAUGACAAGCAUAUCCUCACCUGCUUCAUGGCGGGCAAGUAUGCACAAGAGUGGUCCCAAAAGGAGCGCUCUGAGCACGAGGCGAUUCUACUUCAGCAGAUUGUUGACGUGUACUCCGCGCCGGAAGCAAAGACUGAGCUCGUGGAGUUCGUGACCCUGCCAUGGAGCGAUGAGGAGUUUUCGGGAUAUGGAUGUCCUUCGCCUGCGCUGCCACCAGGCGUGCUCGAUACGGCGGGACACGCUAUUCGGGAUCCUUUUCAGAAUCUGCAUUUUGCUGGCACGGAGACUGCGGAAGAGUGGAAGGGUUAUAUGGAAGGUGCGGUGAGGAGUGGUGAGAGAAGUGCCCGCGAAGUUGUCGAGGGUCUUUCGAGAGUUGUAGCCAAACUUUAG